AUGCUUGCUCUGGAUCAGGACUUGAUCAAAAACAUUCCCAAGAAGUCUUUGGAAGACCUAAAAGCCUUUGAAAGUCGCAGCUGUCUACCGAGAUUCGACUAUGAGAUCGCUUUCAAUUUAGGGUGCAAACUAAGACAAUGGGGUGUUGAAGCUUUUCCUUCCAAGGCCAUGGUCAUUGAUAUCUCUUUAGCUAACGGUCAAUGUCUAUUUCACACGACCACUAACAGUGGAACGGCAUUAGACAAUGAUAUCUGGGUAGCCAGGAAGAAGAGGACUGUUAUCAGAUUUGGAUGCUCGAGCUAUUUUAUGGGCCAAAAGCUCAAGGUUAAGAAAAUUGCCAAGAUGGAAGACGCAUUCUACAUUGAUUCCAAGGAAUAUGCCGUGCACGGCGGGUCGGUUCCAAUUCACGUCGAAGGAGUCGACUCGAUGGUAGCUAUUUUGACAGUAAGCGGUUUAAAGCAAGAAGAAGAUCAUGUCUUCGCAAUUACAGGAAUUAAAGAGUUCGCGCAAAGACUAGGCCAAUCUGAACUAGAUUUAGACUAA